AUGGACCUCAUGGGCGGGGUGGUGAUGGACGCGGGCGGCGGCGGCGCCUCGGAGCUCGGCCUGCUCGGCGGCGGAUCUAGCAGCAGGCUGCUCAAGCACGGGCGGGGCAAUGCGGCGGCGGGGGGAGAGGACCACGGCUGGGGCAGCGGCGGCAGGGCCAAGCAGGCCAGGACUACAGCGUCCGUCGUCGCCGGGGACGUGGUGGAGGCUGCCAAGGCGGCGGCGCCGUUCCUGCUGGGCUCGUGCAGCCCCGGCCACGGCGGGGAGCAGAUGCUCAGCUUCUCGUCCGCCGCCGCCGCCGCGUCCUCGUGCGCCUCCAACGCCGCGGCUGCCGCGGCUGUGGCGGUUGAUGGUGGGGCGAUGCCGAUGUACUACCCGCUGUACUACGGAACCCCGGCCUCUUGCUCAGGAUUGAGCUCGGUGAGCUUGAGCACCAGCAUGCAGGGGGCAAUGGCCAGGGUGAGGGGCCCCUUCACGCCGUCCCAGUGGAUGGAGCUGGAGCACCAGGUCCUGAUCUACAAGUACCUGGCUGCGAACAGCCCCAUACCUCACAGCCUCCUCAUCCCCAUCAGGAGGAGCCUCGCAUCGUCUCCCUACCCGCCUUCCUACUUCGGCACGAGCACAUUGGGGUGGGGCUCUUUCCAGCUGGGCUACUCCGGCAAUGCGGAUCUGGAGCCCGGGCGGUGCCGCCGGACGGACGGCAAGAAAUGGCGGUGCUCCAGGGACGCGGUCGCCGAGCAGAAGUACUGCGAGCGACACAUGAACCGGGGACGCCAUCGUUCAAGAAAGCAUGUGGAAGGCCAGCCUGGCCAUGCCGCGAAAGCCAUGUCCGCGGUGGCGGCGGCUGCUGGUACCCAGCCUGCUGCUCUGGCCGGCGCCGGAGCUACUGCUGCUGGCCUCACUGUCAAUCAGCACCAGCAGCCGGCGAAGAGCUAUGCCACGGGUGCGACUGAUCCUUGCUCUCUGCAAUAUAACAGGGAACUGGUGAACAAACAGAAUGAGAGUGAAAACAUGCAGGACUCUGACAAUUUCUCGAUGCUGACUUCCAUGACUACAGGAAACACAGGCAGCGUGUUUCCAUUCUCCAAACAAAAUAAUCCUUUUGAAGUUACCAGCUCAAGGCCAGAGUUUGGCCUUGUUUCAUCAGAUUCACUGAUGAGCUCUCCACAUAGUUCCUUGGAGAAUGUGAAUCUGCUCAGCUCACAAAGUCUGAAUGAACACCAGAGUUCAGCCUCCCUGCAGCACUUUGUGGACUGGCCCAGGACACCUGCCCAGGGAGGUCUUUCAUGGCCCGAGGCAGAAGACAUGCAAGCUCAGAGAUCACAGCUCUCAAUAUCUGCUCCAAUGGCAUCGUCUGAGCUAUCAUCGGCCUCCACAUCUCCCAUCCAUGAGAAGCUGAUGCUAUCACCUCUUAAGCUGAGCCGCGAGUAUAGUCCAACUGGUCUCAGCAUUGCAGCGAACAGAGAUGAGGUUAGCCAGUUAGAAGCAACCUGGGCGACGAUGUUCCGCGAUUCUUCGAUGGGCGGUCCGUUGGGGGAGGUUUUGACCAAGAACGGUAACGUGGAAGCAAAAAAUUACCUGUCGGCACCUCUGAACCUUCUAACCGACUACUGGGAUUCAAGCCACGGGAUGGAGUCAUCCCCUGUGGGAGUUCUACAGAAGACCGCCUUCGGAUCAGUCUCCAGCAGCACAGGGAGCAGCCCUAGGAUUGAGAGCCACGGCGCCUACGAUGGUAUCAGCAACCUGCGGGAUGAUCUCGGCUCAAUUGUAGGGAACUGUGCUAGGUCAUUGCUGCUUGGGUUUCGUUUGCUUGGAGGCACGAAAGGGAAGUUUUGGAUGCGUCGUCCAAGUGCUGGUGGGUGGGGUGGUGGGGGGCGGGUUAUUUAG